AUGUGGCCUCGUCGGAAACCGAAGGAGGAUUACGGCGUAGCAAAGCCAUUUUCUGUGGUAAAGAUUGCCAAGGUUCACAGACGAGUCCGAUUAUUAUAUCGGCAAAAUGUCUCGGAACGCACCAAUUUUAUGGCACAAUGCAAGACGACACAAUGGCAGACGCCAGAUAUUGGGCGAGGUCUGACGGUAAUUCGUAUCGUUAACGAGCCAACUGCAGCAGCCAUUGCGUACGGCCUGAAUAAAAGACUUAGCGAGACAGAGGACAGCCAACAGAAAGAGCGUCAAAUCCUCGUUUUCGACCUUGGUGGCGGUACCUUUGAUGUAUCCCUGCUUACCAUUGAUGAGGGCGUCUUCGAGGUGGUUGCCACUAGCGGAAACACACACUUGGGUGGCGAGGACUUUGACCAACGCAUCGUGGAUCAUUUCGUCAAGAUAUUCAAAUCGAAGAAGGGCCACGACAUUAGUUCCAACAAUCGAGCCUUGCAGAAGCUUCGACGUGAAGUGGAAAAAGCCAAGCGAAUGCUCAGUAAAGAAGUCUCGACUCGCAUUGAAAUCGAGUCACUUGUUGAUGGUGAAGACUUCAGCGAACCUCUGACACGAGCCAAAUUUGAGGAGCUCAACAAUGUAAGACCUUUAGUCCUUGAUUCAUUUAGAAUAGUUAAACUUUGCGUCAAGGAAGUAGUAGUAAGUAAAAUGCAUGCAAAAUAG